AUGCAUCAUCCUACUCUAGAGUCUCUUCCGCCUCCGGCAGCGCGCUUCCCGUCUUUCUCUCACCUUAUCGCCAGCAGUGCCGGCGUGGAUCAGUCACUUCUCGGUUCUCUGUGCUUUUGUUUUCCAGUCCUCCCCGUCACACCAGACCAGACAAACAACGACGGGCCCGUUGACCGCACCCUUCCCGAUUACACAGGCCCCGAACUCAGUGAGAAGACCUUUGAGCUUCAAGCCGUCUCAGGAUCCCCGCCGCCGCCGCCGUCGCAGCGACAGCAACAGACAGCCUCCGCCCCACGUUCGGUCCCGCGCUCUGUCCCUACCGCCGGCUCCUAUCUCGUCCAGCCGCCCCCGUACUAUCCAGCAACCGGCAAGCCUGCCAAAGGCUUCCACCCACCUCCCUCAGUCCCCCAACCGAAGCCGCUUCGCCUUGUUCGCCUCUCGCGCAAACGAAAGCCGCCCGUUCUUUACGAGUCCUCGUCAAAGACCUUCAUCCAGUCUCUGACGACCCUCACCUUCUCCCAACCCAAGACCCCGCUCUCCCCUCCGCCCUCCUACCACGACGACGCAGACCGCGGCAACGUACAAGCCCAUCACCUCACGCUCCGCAAACGCCCAACACCAAACAUGGCCUCCGUCAACCCCACCAUGCCCAAGGUAUCCACCUCCUCGCCCCCCCUGCCCCCCUCCGGUCUUUUCCAAGCCGGCGCGGGCGGCGGAGGCCGUCCCGCGGCCUCCUCCAAGGCGGACCUCCUCGCUGACCUCCGCCGCCAGCUCGACGACUCAGCCUCGGACGCCGCCAGCAGCGUCGACUCGCGCGGUCGCCGCCGCCGCCGCUCGCGUAACAACAACAAGGCCCUCGCCGCCAAGGGGCAGGCCGGCCUUCAGGGCCCGGGCAUCAUGCCGCGGCUGGCCGAGACGAAGCCAGUCAGGCUGCAGCUGGGGCUGAACCUGGAUGUCGAGCUUGAGCUGAAGGCGAGGUUGCAGGGUGAUGUCAGCCUGACGCUUCUUGUCGAGUCCAAGACGCCGAAGAAGAGGAGCUCGACGGAGCUGGGGAUGCCGGCGCAGGGCAGCGCGGUGGACGUGCACGAGAUGUUCUUCAUGCGCAUCGGCGUGCUGAGGCUGCGGCGGCGCUGGAUCGAUGGGUUGGGCCAUGACGUGUCGGGCUUGGGGGCCAAGGGGACGACAAGCGUGGUUGCCGUGGUGCUCGGUGUCGGGUUCGCGGUUGGGUUCCUCGCGGGGCGGUGGUGUUAG